AGCAAAUGUGCAUGUACAUGUGUUUGUUGCUGUGUGUGUAUAUGUGUGUAAAGCUGCAACAGGAGACUGUAAUGAGAUGCCAAGUCCAACAUGAAUAAUCCACGCUGGCUCCAUUAGCCGCAUCACUGCAUGUAUGAACUUCUUGUUCUCUAAAUACUGUAGUGUAUCAGCCACAGAAAAUAAACAGGAAAUUGUGUAAUUUCACAAGAAAGUUUCUCAUACCAAUGAUACUGACAUAUUUUGUCGUAGGGGAAUGAAUCCAUUUAUCAUACUUGAUUUCUAAUGAUUUACUCAACUUCAAAUGCAAAUCAUGUUUUAGCUGUUGAGCCAAAGAUAACGUAUAAUUUACAUAAGUGCCGAACUUUGUGAUAAGGUCUAGCUUCUGUCAUGUUCAAGAGAAACGAUAUCACUUAUCAAUGCAGUUAUGCUGUCAACUGUACUAUAAAAACACACAUUGAUAAUGAUUAAUCUUACAAUUUAAAACUUUGUUGUACAACAUGAUCAAAGGCUCAAACCAGUGCACACGCCGCACACUCAUCAGACUGUCAAACUCUCAGUUUUCAAACACAGUUUGUAUCAGCCGCAGGUCUAUAUAUCAAAUUUUCAACUUUAUUUUUAAACUGCAUGGGCACGCCAAUCCAAAAGAUUAUUAAUUUCAGCCUAUUUAAAGCGGCUGCUCUCAAUACUGAAAGGAUCCCAGUAAUAAUUCAUGAGGAGAGAGAAAGAGAGAGAUUGUCAAUGCACGUGGGUGUCAGGUUAACACAUGGAAAAUCAGCACACAACAACAACAACACAGCAUGCACGCGCUUAAAGGGGCCAGCCCAGCGUACCCCAAUAUAUACCCUACAUUUUUUAGAGUCCAUACUGUACACAAGCUGUCCAAAUAUCACUUUUAUGAGCAGACUCUUAAAUCAGAUUGUGAAGUCUGUGCAGGAAUGUAAUCAAGAUUUAAGCACAAACAUGAUCCUUUGUUCAACUCUGAUGUAAACACUUAAACAAGCGCAGAUGAAAUUUCCUACCUUGACAAAAAGCUCAAUAUCAGGGUCCUUGUCGUCCUCGGCUGCAGAAUCAGUCAUGGUUAAGAAAAGAAAGCCCCUUUUUAUGAGUGUGUUUGUUUCCCAAAAUAUGUAGCUGUGUUUGCCUGUGUGUGUGACUCUACUCCUGGUCCAUGAGCUGAGGUCCGCUUGGUCCCAUAGCAGCUGUGUUAGAGUGUCAGCUGAGGACGGAAGCCAACAUGAGUGUGUGUGUGUGUGUGUGUGUGGGAACAGGAGAUAGAGAGAGUGAAUGUGAGAGGUUGAAUUUGUACCCCGGGCCUCAGCAAAGGGGCUGGGCAAAAAUAACCCCCUUGGGUGGGGAGAGAAGGGGAAGGGAGGGAGCGUCACUGAAGCCAUUAAUGUAGCCAGGAGGGAAAGGGCAGACCCAAGUCACCCAAGGGUGCCCUGCUCCACCCAUCUUGAAGAGCUCUGAUUAGGAACUCAACCUAGUGACUUUGAAUCAUCAGGAGUCAUCCACUCUAUUUCCGACUCGUCAGCACCCAUGGGUCCCAUGUUGUGAAUUCUCAGCCUGUGUUUGAACUGCAGAGCAUGAGCGGAGACGUCUAUUCACUAUUGUCCCCACAUAUUCAGAGCAGCACAGCACAGUCCUCAUCAAAUUCAAUUCUUUCCCAUUUUCAACACUUACAAGAAACUGCUGUGCCCAACUAUUUAAAGAAAUGAUCAAAAUUUAAACUCAGCAUGUGUGACCCAAUUCGAAAUGAGAUUUACAUCAUUUGACCGGUUAAGUGUUUAAGCUCAAACAUGUGGUGCUCAGUAGAUUUUCAACAGAGGCUGGUCAAAUGUGAAAAAUGCAUCAAAUUUCAUCCAGCACUUUAUCAGAGACACUCAAAGCGCUUUACAUUGGAUACAUCAUUCAUUCGCUCACACAGUCACACCUUGGUGGUGGUGAACUACCUUAGCUGCCUUAACCUUAACUACUACAGCUGCCUUGGGGAGGACUGACUAAUGGCUUCAUGGAGUAUGGAAGUUGGACAGAGUUCAUCAGAACUAUGAGUUAAUAUGUCAUAUGUGGUCACCAUAGUGGUCUAUAAGUUCUUUAGUUUUAGACCACUUAUAAAGUCCAGCUGGAUCCUGGCCAAAGGCUGCACUUGUGCAUUUCUACCCCUGUUGGAAAUCUGGCUGACACCCUGUACAUCAAAAACUUCUGCAAAUGACAACUUAACCAAUCGUCUCAGCACCUUCAAGGUCACAAAGCUCAAGAACAACCUGCACCAACACCUGAUAUGAACUUUAUCAACUUUGGGUCAACUUAGGACAACUUAUUAAUAAUGAACUUUAUUAACUUUGGGUCAACUUAGGAUAACAUAUCCCUGAUGAACUUUGGCUUAACUGGCAGCAACUUUCACAUGCACACACAUUUCCCUGACAUGUGUAGGAGCUAACACUUACUGUAACAUCGCCACCUCAUCAGCAUCAGCAAAUCAAACUUUUAAGGUCACGCUUCAUCUUCUUCUGUUUUGCUGGCUUAGCUGGUGGAAACCCAAGGCAUCUCUUAGGAAUCACUUCAACUUCAUAAAGGGAAAAUACACUCAAGAAAAGCCUUUCUUACUGGUACAACUACUGAGAAAUCUUUGAAAAGACCAAAAGGGGAGGCUGUAGCUCAGUUGGUAGAGUUGGUCAUCUCCCAAAUGGAAGGUCGAGGGUUUGAUCCCAGGGCUGUCAAUAUAUUGAAGUAUCCCCGGGCAAGAUACUAGCUGUUAAUGGGAUUUGGGAUUCACUGUGUGAAUGUGAAAUGAUACAAAAGCACUUUGAGUGGUUGGAAGACUCAAGAAAGCACUAAAUAAACCUAGUUAUUUAACAUUGCCACGCCUCCCCAUCAUAACUACAGACUCCCACCUGGGGUCCCAGUCCCCCCAGAUUGAAGGUUCUUGGCACACUGGCUAACAAAUUUAUCUAUCACAAUUGGUUAAUGAUAAAUCAUUAAUUACUUAGAAUCUAAUGGCAAACUAUCUUGUGAGAUAAAGUUACCAACAUCAGACCUUGUCAGCUUUAACUCUAUUGUCAUUAGAGUUAUAUAGAUAUAAUUUAUAGCUACAACAAUAGUUUCAAAGUAUCAGAUUUACGAUCCUUUUAUACUUCAGAGCAACUGGACUUUAGAAUUAAAUUUACAGAUGAUGUAAUGAAUGCAGUUAUUGCAUAAGACAUGAAGGUGAAUCUAUCAGAUAGAUUAACAGCUCGAGUACAUUACACUCAACGAAUGACAGUUUUUUCCAGGAAGCCCACCAACCAAUACUGUAAGUGUGACGCACUCACUCACAUACACACAGAAAUUCACAUGGCCAUGGGACGGGAACCAUCCCCAACUAUCCCAGCACUGAGUCAGAACAUUCUUGUCAGUUCAUCUGGGGGUUAAAUUUGGAACAAGACAAACAGACUCACCAACACGCUCACACACUAAAACCAGACUUGAACUGACAUAAAGGCCUAUUAAUAGAAGUGUGUGUGUGGAAGAGAACAGGGAGGUGGUCUAAACAGUAGGACGUGUCCAGUUUGGAGUAUACUACACAUAUGUAUAUCUUCAGUACUUUCUGAGGACAACAUUCUGUAAAGUUUUUUUGGGGACUACCUGGAACAAGGCAAAAUUAAAUGAACCAUCAGAGUAAAAUGUUAUUUCACUCCAGAAAACUAUUUAGAAGUUUCGACCUGAGGAGUUCAGGACUUCGCAAAAUGUCCAUACAAACAAGACUAUCCUGAAAAAGAACGGUUAGAUUUGGUCACAAGUGUAUGAACACACAUGCACAAACAAAUAGAGGAUACUUGCUAACCUGAUACAUGAUGUAAAUUUAAUUAGAAAUGUUAAUUAUGAGGCCAACAAGUUGUUCUUCUGUAAAUUGAAUGAUUAUGAGAUGUAAGUGAAAUCAGUGUAGAGUUACCCAGUAUGUUGUAUCUGAUGCAUUUCUUUCCUACCUUUGUAAAAAGUGUGAUUUCAAGUUGUUCUCUUUCAUCAGAUUCAUCUUUCUCAGAGGCUGAUGAAGAAGAUGAGGAAGAUGAAGACCUUCUGGAUGAGUUCCUUCUUUCAGGCUCAGGCUCUGGCUCAGGAUCUGGCUCAGGCUCAUGCUCAGACUCAGACCCAGAUUCAGACUCAGACUUAGACUCAGGAGAUCCCCUUUCCAAAUUCAGCUCUGCGAUGCGCUCCUCCACUUCUGUCUUUUGCUCUUCCUCUUUUUCUUCUUCUCUAUCGCUGUCUUCUAUCUUCUGUGCCUCUUCCUCUUCGGCAUGUGAAGAUGAUGAGGAAGAUGAGGAUGAAGAGGAACUCCCUCGCCUUUCCUCUGCUGGAACUGGUGUUUGUCCUCGAUCAGUAUUUUCAUAGUGUGCAGUCAUGUCAGAGGGCUCGUCAAGUGGCACCUCAUAGGUCGUGUCAUAUAUACCUCUGAACUGGUUCUGGUACGAGUCUGGGUCCUCAUAUACAUUCUCAGACCUAUCCAUGCUGUGCGAAGAGGUCAGACAGAGAGGAUCUUACGAUGGUGGAGCUGUCAAGGUGUUUGGCAGAGUGAUUGUGAUGCCAGCUGUGCCUAUCUUAUCAAAAACAGCAAUGGACUUUGGGCAGGGAAGGUUGAGAGUCAAUGCCAAGGGAGGACAGAGAUGAUCCUUAAAGGAGAAUACAACCCCUAAGGCGCCUUAGAGUUAACAAAUCAGUGGAAAUGAUCAAGGUACGUUUUUGUGAAUGAUCAUACUUGGCUCGCACAGUCUUCACAGUGGCGUUGUUGUUUGUUCUUUGGUUUUGUGUCUUACUUUUGCAUUGUAGAAAGGUAUCUAAAGGGCACUUUGUCACGCUUUAGUCGCUGGUAAUGCACCCAAUUACACUCAAGACCAAUAUAACAAUGCAAUCUAUCCUUUAUCUGUACUUACGCACACUUCAAGAAAGUCUCAUGUCUGCUUUUGGCCUUUUAAAUUUUUUGGGAGGGCUGGGAUCAACAACAGCAACAGUAGGCAACUGUUUAAUACAAGCAUUUGGCGCACAUUAUGAGAGUAUGUGGUGUAAAUUCUCUAUCGCAGUAAGAUCAAUCUGUGUGCAGGCAAAGAAGUCAAAAUAACGUUGUAAGUCCCCAAAAAACAAGAAGAUAUUGACAGAUUCUUGUCUGUCUUGCAAGAGGCUGCCGGCAAUUUGCGUUACAAUGGCGCAUUGUAAUGCUGACUGGUGAUGUGUUGUUGUUGGUCAUGCACAUCUAAUUUAAUCUUAUUUACAAUGACAUUCGCACUCACAGACCUUAGUACCCACAUGGUAAGUGUGUAUGGUAUCUUGAUUCAAAACUGGAGGCUAAACUUGGAGUUAAUCCUUCUUCUAGUUUUAAAAUAUUCUUACACGACCCUUUUUGACCCUUUUUCUUUCAGAGUCAAUGAUCUUUUAUUUCAGUCAACCACACCUUAGACUGUAAAGAAAACCAGUGUUACUUGUAUUCAAUGUAUAGCAGGCAGUUGCGUCAAUGCAUCACUAUGCUUUUCGUGCCAAUAACAAAAUAAAAUGUUUAAAACUCAUGAAUUAGGCGAAAAUGAGCGUAUGUGUCGCUGGAGAUUACCUUUCAUCAGAAGUUAAAGUUGUAGUUUGCUGUUAUACAAUCAAAGAAACUGUGUUUUAUUCCAAAGGAUGGUAUGUCAGUGUUCAAAAUGAACUUUAUUUUGACAGGGCACACUGGAAACACAAUGAUACUAACCUUGUGAGCUUGACAAUAUUCCAGUGUUUAAUUAAAGGAAGUGAAGUGAAAUGGUUAGGCUCAAGGGAAUUUAAGUGUAAUGCGCGGAGGACAACUUUCUUUCACCUCUACAACAGGUAACAUUAUUAUCUCACUAACUCACUCUUAACACUCCGUACUAACCGAGUGUUGCUGCGUACCUGCGUCGACCUGCGCACCUGUACUGAAGAAGUAGAAAAAAAACCCUUCAAUUGACACAUUCAGACUCUGCCUUUCACUUCCAUUUCUACUUCAUUGUUUAUGUAACAUGUUGUCAUUCAUGGGGUAGUUUUCAUCGGUUAGGGAGACUUCCGUGUUUGAGUCCGGCUCAUCUCGAGGCUGCUCAGGUAUGCUGACAGUUUUACGUCACUCAAGGUGUGUUGAAAUACGCUCGCGCGAGCAUGUUGCUCCACGAUUUUAGCGACUUUUUACAUUUACUUGACUUUUUUUUCAUUUUUAACUCAUUCGUUUUAUAAUUCUACCUUAAGUUAAUAAGAAUAGGCGUAUUGUAUAAGAAUUAGGGAGGGUAGGAGGAGGUUGGUCUGAGGUAACAGGUUAUCCUUUUUGCUUUCCUAGAGCUGCGUCUCACCUGCAGGUUCACUCUUUGGUCUUUAUUGAGUCGAAUUAUCCCAAGAAUUGCGUCUACCCUGCCUAACAAGUUUAACAUGAGGAUUUAGUACAAGGCAGCAAGAUGGCAGGUGUAUUUUUGGGGCAACAAGACCUUCUGCUCUUGCUGCUUUUAGCAGCAGAGCACAACCUCCAAAGGAAGAGUAUGUAAGUAAAAAUACGUUCAUAACCUUAUUUUACAAUCAAAAUAAGUAUGUUUAUCUUUCCAAAUAAGAAAUGUAAAAAUCAGUAUGAUUAGGAGGCGAUUUAUUGCACAAGCGAGUGACUCAAUUCAUGUUUUGCAGAAUGAAAAUGCAUCUUAUUCAGAUGAUCCUUGUUCUAUUGUGAAAUGGGUCUACCUAACAUAGUUUUCAGACGUGCAUAGAUGUGUCAUUGAAACUUGACUCUCCACAAAUUUUCUUGAACAAUCUUAUGCAGUCUUUUGCUUGUUUAUAUUCAUUGUUUUUAUUUUUAUUAUAAUUAUUGCCUUUAUAUACGCUCAAAGUUAUUGAGACAGACCCAAAUUUGCAAUGUUGUAGAGGAAGAAUAGGUUAACCACACUGGUGUCAUGUUACAUGGAUGUUAUCGUCUAUUUAGCCAUGACUAUAUUUGGUAAAAUCAACUCAUCAGUCUAAUCUUUUGCUUGCACAAUGCCUUCAUUUUUUGGCAUAGCUAAAUUCAGCAAAAAAUAAUGUCAGACCGGUUAGCUGAGUGUGGAUCCACCAACCUCCUGUCCUUCUUGCAGGUUAACUUCUACUUCAUUAUGCAUUUCUAAGUCGGGUCAACCAUCCACAGCCUAGAUGCAACUUUAUCUCCAUUAUCCAGAUCAAAAUACUGCCAUUGUGCAUCCCACUUUGUUGUCUGUGCUUGGUAUUACAACAUCCACUUCUUCUACUUCCCCGUAGGAUGUUACUGAAAAUACUGCUGGGCUUCCUGUGUGGUGCCGCAGCCCGACAAGGUCCUCCACCGCUGCUGCUGGUGUCAUUUGAUGGUUUCAGGGCGGACUACCUGCAGAGAUUCCCCAUGCCGAACCUAAAGCUCCUGUACAGCCAGGGGGUCUUAGUGGAGGAACUCACCAGCGUGUUUGUCACCAAGACAUUUCCGAACCACUACACUCUGGUAACCUCUCAGCUUGUGUUUCAUUUUAUGUGAAAGUAGCAGAUGUGAUGCCUGUUUACCUUUUUGUAAUCAUCAUAAUUCAUGUUUUCCUCUCCAGGUAACAGGGCUUUACACAGAGUCUCACGGUAUUGUAGCCAAUAUUAUGUACGACCCUGUAAGCAAGUCGUACUUCCAAGUUGGCAAGAAUAACACCCCGUGGUGGUGGGAAGAGGCAGAGCCCCUUUGGAUCACAGCGCUGGACUCCGGCUACAAGACAGCCGGGGUGAUGUGGCCUGGCUCAGAAUUAGCCAUAAGAAACCGAACACCAACAUACUUCUGUCCCUACGACUCUGAUGUGACGUUCCAGCAACGAGUGGAGUUAGUGACCAAAUGGAUUCAGGGAGACGAGAAGGUCAGUUUGCGUUCUUAAUCAACGCUGUAGAGUAUACAGGUGCAGCUCAGAAAAUUAGAAUGGUCAUGGUCAGCCAACCAGUUUCUGGUCGCUUUGGCACUGUGCACAGGCGCCAGUAAAAGAAACAUGUAUCUCUGUUUGACUGUGUUGGCUGCGUUUUAUUCUGGACUUGAUAAAACACAAAAGACCAACACCAGCAGAUGACCAAACUACCCCAAACUGUGGAAACUUCACCUUAGACUCGGAUCCUUGGCCUCUCCAGACUCUCGGACUGUGAUUUCCAAAUGAGAUGCAGAAUUGACUCUCAUCUAAAACAGGACUUUAGACCACCAAGCAAUUGUUAGGAGGGUGUCUUGAAUAUUAUGGGAGUUUAAUGUUUUGAAUUAAAUUAAAGGGAUAUUCCGGCGUAAAAUUACUUUAGGGUCAAACACACCAUAACACCGAGUUAGACACCCCCUCGAGAGAUGAAUGUUGCCGACCGCUUGCUUCUCCAGUUAUACCAACUUUAGUAACGACCGCACUUUAGCAAUACAAAGCUGUCUGAGGAGCCAUAAACAAACCUCAACCAAAACGCCACUCUACAGCCACAAAUAAUGCUCAGAACAGCACCUAACUUCAUCAACAGUACAUAUAGGGUCCCAGCCAUAGUACUAGCCACCACCCACCAAACAUCUUUUUAGCUUUGCCUGAUUUCUUUAGCAAAGAGACUAAACACAACUCACCUACUCUCUUCCAGCAGCCGCUUGUUUGUAGCGAGAUCUCAGGCCAGUCUAUUACGGACUGCUGUGGGGUGACGCAGCUCAAGGAAGAACAUUUAUGAUCAUUACUUUAUCAUCUCCUUGAUGUAAUAAUCACCAGAUUAAUCAUUUUGCACUGCAGAUGUGGUAGUUCUUUUGCCUUGGCAUCUCGGUCUGAGUGCAUUUCUAUGAAGAAAUGAUCAUAAAUGUUCUUCCUUGAGCUGUGUCACCCCAACAAGCGGCUGCUGGAAGAGAGUAGGUGAGUUGUGUUCUGUCUCUUUGCUAAAAAAAAAAAAAACAGGCAACGCAAAAAAAUGUUUAGUGGCUAGUGCUGUGGCUGGGACUCUAUAUGUACAGUUGAUGAAGUUAGGUGCUGUUCUGAGCAUUAUUUGUGGCUAUAGAGUGGCGUUCUGGUUGAGGUUUGUUUAUGGCUCCUGAGACUGCUGUGUAUUGCUAUCUGCGAUUGUAACUGAAGUUGGUAUAACUAGAGAAGCAAGCGGUCGGCAACAUUCAUCUCUCGAGGGGUUGUCUAACUCAGUGACAUAGUGUGUUUGACCCUAAAUUAAUUUUACGCCGGAAUAUCCCUUUAAGGGGAAAAAAUGAGCUUUUUAGGACAUUCGAAUUUUUUGAGCUGCAUCUCUAAAACUUCCAACUGUUAGGAAAAACGAAACUUUCGUAGGCUUUAAUAUAUGGCGUCUUUUACCUCAUACUCCGACAGGAAGAAGGAGUGAUGUUUGCAGCUCUCUACUGGGAGGAGCCGGACAGGUCGGGUCACUUUUACGGCCCCGAUAACACCACAGCUAUGGCCAAAGUAUUAAAGGAGGUAAAGGAGGUUCAUAGAUAAACAACAGCAAAACAAAAUGGUGUGUUAGCCUUGCUCACAUUUACAUUAAAUGUUUCCUGACUGUGUGUCUCUCUUGGUAUGAGCUCAGGUUGAUGACAACAUCGGCCUGCUGGUUUCAGAGCUAAAGCGGACCGGCCUCUGGGGUCACAUCAACGUCCUGAUAGUCAGCGACCACGGCAUGUCUCAAUGCUCCGCCGAGCGCCUCAUACAGCUGGAUGACUGCAUCCACCCUGACAGCUACACGCUGGUGGACCUCGCACCCGUGACAGCCAUCAUCCCACAUUCAGGUGAUUAUAUAAAUCCGCUUGCAUGCGAAAUAGGAUCUUAUUUAAAAAUGAGAUGAUUUUUUGAAUGGUUUUUGCAGAUCCAAAAACGAUGGUCGACCUGCUGAAUGAGUGUCACGCUCAUAUCACCGCAUAUUUGAAAGAAGACAUCCCUGAGAGGUUUCACUACAGGAACAACAUACGCAUCCAGCCAAUCAUAGUGGUCGCAGAUGACGGCUGGACCAUAGUGCAGCAUGGGAAUGUGUUGCCACAUUGUGUGUGUUUAUACAUUAUUUUUUAUAACAGUUGAAUAUAAUGCAAAUUCCUAAAUCAGUGAGGUACAAAAAUGGAUGUCUGUAUGAGAAAUAUUUAUAUUAAUAACCAAAAUGUUCACUGCAAGACCGUUUUAGUGCCACCACUUAGCAAUUCUCUCUGUUUUUGUCCUUAGUGGGCAUGCAUGGCUACGACAAUGCCCUACCCAGCAUGCACCCCUUUAUGGCAGCAACCGGGCCAAGCUUCCAUCAGGGUUAUAGUAGGAGCAGUUUGAACAGCGUGGAUAUUUACCCACUCAUGUGCCACCUGCUCUCGGUGCCCCCGCAGCCCAAUAACGGCACCCUGACCCACGCUCGGUGCCUGCUGGCGUCUGAGAGCUGCUGGGAUGACGGUAUGUCGGUCCGGCUGAUCUUGGGACUCCUUCUCGCUCUCACGAUUGUAGCAAGUAAGUGUGGUUGUUACAGUAAAGAGAAUAAAGAGUGGAACUGGGAUAGACCUUUGUGGAACCCCAAAAAAAGAAUCAUAGCACCACAGUGACUGCCCUUGUUUCUUCAGUUGUCUUCAGGUUGGUGUGCCGCAGACGCCAGUCAGAACCUGUGCGCUUAAGAGCUCGUGUGGAGGAGGAACCCCUGAUCUUAGAUGGCAGUAUGGAGGCGGACCACGACAGGAUCUGGCUGACUGGGAGACAGGCGGCACUGAAUAACCAACAACCACGACUCUCAGGGAACAACAGUUUAUUCAGGUGCCUAAAAACGUAGGCUGCACUAGAUCGGUAAACACUGUAAAAGGUUACAGGAAGGGAUGUUUUUUUUAAGUAUUAUUUAUUGAACAUGAAGUAUGGGGAAAGAUCUUUGAUGCAGGCCAGUUUCUACUGAACACAAAGAGUGGAAGAAGAGUUAUCACCGUUACUGACUGCUCACAAUGUUACCGUUGUUAAACUUGAUAUGAAAUAGAUUGGCAGAGAUUUUUUAAGGACAUAUGAAGGAUUGUUUUGGUCUUUUGAGCUAAAAAGCUGAAAUACUGUGGAUAUGGGAGACUUAAUUUUACAUAGAAAACUGUAUAUUUAUAUGGACUACAUAAGGCGUGUUUUUUUUAAUUGUAAUGUUGCUUUUUGUCAGCAGAGGGAGCCAGCAGUUCAUUCAAACUGAUCUCUGUUAGAUCCUGUCUUUAAUUUAUUCUGUGUCAGACUCAUGUGGGGACUGGGAACACUUCUUUUUGUGAGUCGAGUCUCUGGGAUAGUUUAACUAGUAUAUAAAUACUUAGUGGUGCUGGAAGACUCUUAAGAGACACAUUUCAGCAUGAAAUUUCUGUUUUAGCUAAUAGCAUUCCUGAAGGGGCUGGUUUUUAAGCAUACAGGCCACUUUAUUUUUUAUAUUUAACCUCUAUAAAGAUACACCACGUGAGUGUUUUAAACCACCAUGGACAUAAUGGUGUUUUUAAAGUCAAAGUCCGUCCCACAUGCACCAUCUUAAUGCUGUUCAUUCAAAUAGCUGUUUACUCAGGAAGCCGCAAUUUCUUUGUUUUUAAACUAAAGUGCAAAUUACUGCAUGGAUUUCUUUUUCAAUGAAAAAUCAUAUUUCUGUGCUUUUUUAAAACCAUUCAGAAUAAGUUACUAUUUGAAACAGGGUGUGACAAACAGCCCAACACUGUCACAACACUUGUUAUACAGUUACCUUGCUCCUUAAACACAAGAGCUGUUGUAUUGCAUUAAUGGACUAUAUUUAUACUUCAUGCUCAUAUCCUUUUUAACUGCACCGUCUUUCUUUUCCAUUAAGUGUGAUACUGAUUGUUAAGAUCUCCAAAAUAAAAUUCAGAAAUUGAAUAAA